CCUGUACUCUUUGCCUAUUACUUUUAAAACCAUCGGUGUCAACCAAAUAGUAAAUUUUUUGGCUGAAGAAUCUGAAAAAAGUGAGAAAAAAACAUUUCGCUCUUCAGUUAUUGAGCCUUACCUUAAACGCCUUGCUUUAAAUCUUUGAUUGUCACUUUUUUCACUUUCUUCCAUAAAAUUGUUUCCACUCAAAUAUUUUGGGUGAAAUAUUGUGAGAUUAUUUUUUUUGUUUUGUGUCUUGUUAUACAUUUCACCAGUUUCCAGUUUGAUUUGACCGUUGCAAAGUACCAAUAAGAAAUCAAAAUGGAUGCCAUUAAGAAGAAAAUGCAAGCCCUUAAAAUUGAAAAGGACAAUGCAAUGGACCGGGCUGAAGCUGCCGAAAACCAGCUUCGUGAUGCUAAUCUUCGGGUUGACAAGGCAAAUGAAGAAGUAAUGAAUCUCCAGAAGAAGUUGGAACAAAUUGAAAAUGAAUUGACAGAAUCUCAACAGGAAUUGGAAAGAGUCAAUGAACAAUUGGAUGAAAAGGAAAAGGCUUUUGCUAAUGCUGAGGCUGAAAUGAAUGCUCUUAACAAAAAAGUUCAACAAUUAGUGGAAGAUUUGGAAAGAUCCGAGGAGAAAACCAAAGUUGCUAUCGUCAAGAUGGAACAAGCUUCAGCUGCUGCCGAUGAAAGUGAAAGAAUAAGAAAAAUGUUGGAACAUCGUAGUGCAACGGAUAAUGAUCGUAUGAGACAAUUGGAGGCUCAAUUGAAGGAAGCAAGGAAUGCAGCUGAAGAUGCUGAUCGUAAAUAUGAUGAGGUUGCUCGUAAAUUAGCUCAAGUUGAAGAUGAUUUGGAGAGAGCUGAAGAGAGAGCUCAAACUGGUGAACUUAAAAUAUUAGAGUUGGAAGAGGAGCUUAAAGUUGUGGGGAACAAUGUCAAAUCAUUGGAAGUCAGUGAAGAAAAGGCAAUGCAAAGAGAAGAUGCUUUUGAACAGCAAAUCAGGAUAAUCAGUGCUCAACUCAAAGAGGCUGAGGCUCGAGCUGAAUUUGCCGAACGAACAGUCAUGAAAUUACAAAAGGAUGUAGAUAGGCUUGAAGAUGAAUGGGCCCAUGAAAAGGAGAAAUACAAAGCUAUCAGUGAUGAAAUGGAUCAAACUUUCGCUGAGUUGACUGGAUAUUAGGACUGGAUCUUGACCGAAAAGCAAAGGAUUUAAUUACUUGAUUUGAUGGUUAUAUCAAACUCUAUACAAUUUCCGCUUUUCUUCACUUUCUGUGGUAACUCCUCUUGUGAUUAUUCACUACAUAUGAUAAAAAAAUACUGACCCGCAGUGUGCUCUUAUUAUUGUGACAUGAUUGAAGCUCAUUGACCAACAAUUAGUUAACAGUAAUGGAGCAGAAAAACUUCAUGAUCAAUUUAUUGUUUUCAAAAUUACAGCAUCACAAUAAAAAACAAAACUGUUCAAUUCAAGUUAUAAAUAAAACAAAGUACACAAACCUUUA